GGAGCAGAACGGAACAGCGUCACUCGGCUCGGGCCAGCAAGGUACAUAUAGGAGCUAGAAAGGCAAAGAAGACUCAGCUUUCUCCCCGUUUGACCUCAAGCUCUGCAAGCCUCCUCCUCUCGCGUCGACCGUCGCCGGCAAUGGCGGCCGCCUCGGAGGAGGCCAUCAAGCAGUUCUCCGCGCUCAUGGAGCAGCUGGAGGAGCCGCUCAAGAUCACAUUCCAGCAUGUGCACCAAGGAUACCCAAGAGGAACUCUGGUGCGUUUUCUCAAGGCAAGAGAAUGGAAUGUUCCCAAAGCCCAUAAAAUGCUAAUGGAUUCCUUAAAUUGGAGGCUUCAAAAUGAGAUUGACACCGUUCUAGCUAAACCAAUUGUGCCCUCGGAUUUGUAUAGAUCUAUUCGUGAUACACUACUUGUUGGAUUAACAGGAUACUCCAAGCAGGGACAACCUGUUUAUGCAUUUGGUGUUGGUCUCAGUACCUUUGACAAGGCAUCGGUGCACUACUAUUUGCAGUCUCACAUACAGAUGAAUGAAUAUCGAGACCGUGUUGUACUGCCGGGGGCAUCUGAGAUGUUCGCGAAACAGAUUAAUACAUGCUUGAAAGUUAUGGAUAUGACUGGUCUGAAGCUCUCUGCUUUGAACCAAAUAAAGAUGUUGAGCACGAUCACAGCCGUUGAUGACCUUAAUUACCCAGAGAAAACUGAGACCUAUUACAUUGUGAAUGCUCCGUAUGUUUUUUCUGCAUGUUGGAAGGUUGUGAAGCCUCUUUUACAAGAACGAACCAAAAAGAAGAUCAAAGUCUUAUCCGGCCCUGGAAGAGAUGAGUUAUUAAAGGUUAUGGACUACCAGUCACUACCGCACUUCUGCAAGAGGGAAGGAUCCGGAUCCGGUUCGUCGUCCGACGAAGUCGACUGCUACUCCUACGACCACCCCUUCCACCAGCAGCUGUACAACUUCGUGAAACAGCAGGCUCUCAGCCAGGACACUGUCGGUCCCCUGAAGCAAGGGUCGAUGCACGUCAAGGUGCCCAGCCCGGACCUGGAGGAGGCCAAGAUCAUCGAGACGAUCGAGUCGGAGCUCAACAAUCUGAGGGGAGGAGGCGACGGGAUCUCUCGCUCCUUCAACAGGAUCACGAUCGAAGGUCCGUGAAUGAUGGUGCUAACAUGAUGAUCAGAGUGCCUGAGAUGCGGCACGUUGUGCGGAGGAGGUAGUCGCCUAUUAUCUUGACCCCGGAAUCAUAUUUCUUGGGUUAUAGCGAUUCUUGCUUGCAAUCGCUGGCUGCAAGCUUGAGUAGGACCGAUAGAGGAAGUAGUAACACGCGAUUCGAACAACAACCGAGUAUGUAUUGUCGGAGAUCGUAGUAGUAUUUUAGUUCUAGUUAACCUAGCUAAUGUACCGUUUGCAUGUUGCUGCUUUCAUGCUUUGUCAUGGCAGGGUAAUUAUCAUGUUCCCGCACAUGAAUGUCACGACCUCUAUGUAUCAACCUAUAUAUGUAUGUAUGUAUAUAUAUAUAUAUGUAACCGCCCUCGUUGGUGUGGUAUAUUAAUAUCAAGUGCUGUUGGACUCGCUGA